AUGAGUAUUGGAGAGGAUGAUGACUAUGUUGUGUCGUAUAGAGGCGAGGUGGUUGAAAACCGGCACAAGGUCCACGCUUCAGUUGUCGACGCAACAGGGAAACUACUAUUUCAUGUCGGUGACCCAUCACGAAUCACUUUAGCUCGCUCCGCAGCGAAGCCAGCCCAGGCACUUGCUGUUCUCGAAACGGGUGCCUAUGAGCAGUUCAAUCUCGAAGAUGCAGACCUGGCCUUAAUGUGCGCGUCGCACAGCAGCGAGGAAAGGCAUAUCACCAGGGCUUGCCAUAUGUUGGCAAAAGUCCAAGUCAAGGAAGAUGAUCUUCGCUGUGGUGGUCAUCCGGCCUUGUCGGCUUCUGUGAACCACGACUGGAUUAGGCGCGGCUACAAUCCCACCGCAGUAUGCAAUAACUGCUCAGGCAAACACGUCGGUAUGCUUGCUGGUACCAAGGCCAUCGGUGCAGACAUAUCAACGUAUCACCAACCAACGCAUCCGCUGCAGUUACGAGUGAAGCGCGUAUUUGAGGAUUUAUGCGCUCUGGAAGCUGAAGAUGUGAGAUGGUGCGUUGAUGGGUGCAACCUUCCGGCACCCGCCAUUCCACUUCACUGUCUUGGGAUGGUGUAUGCCACUCUUGCCGCUGCGGCGGACCAAAUGGAAAAGAACGCUUCGGCGCCAGCAAGAAUUCGAGAAUUGGACCGAAUCUUUCGUGCGAUGACUCGCUACCCAGAGCUGGUCGGUGGUGACGGUCGAUUCUGCACUGUGCUCAUGCAUGCAUUUCGGGGAACAUUAAUUGGGAAGCUCGGGGCAGAUGGCUGCUAUGGGAUAGGAAUCCGGGCAUCAGAGCAAACUGCACAACUCGGUGCAACAGGUGCAGUUGGCAUUUCUCUGAAAAUCGAGGAUGGUAGCAUCGGGGUUCUGUACUGUGCAAUAAUGGAAAUUCUCCAACAACUCGGAGUCAGACCACCAGAACUGUGCAGUGAGCUCGCCGAUUUUCAUCGUCCAUCAAUCGUCAAUACAGCUGGUAUCGUCACUGGUCGUGUUAUCUCUGCUUUCAAGCUACGCACUGCAUCAUAG